AUGAGCUUCGUCCCGACUUCCGCUGUAGCCGCCACGGCCGCCUCUCCCGCUCCCGCCGUCCAGGCGGCCGCCGGGGAAGAUGAUGACGACCAUUAUGACUCCUAUGACUCCUACGACGAUGAGGAUGAGGAUGAUGAUGAAGACGAUGAGGAUGAGGAUGAGGACGACGACGACGACGACGACGACGACGACGACGAUGAUGAUGAUGAUGAUGAUGAUGACGAUGAAGAGGAGGAGGAGGAGGAGCCGAAGCUCAAGUACCGCCGUCUUGGCAAUAGCGUCUCCGAAAUCCUCAAGGCCAACAGCGACAUCGCCAGCUGCCUGUGUGUUCAUGAGCGUCUCCUGGCUCUGGGCACCCAUUGGGGCAUGAUUUAUUUGCUGGAUCUCGAGGGCAAUGAGAUUCGCCGGCUGCCAUUGCACUCUGCCACCGUCAAUGACAUCAGCAUCGACGCUGACGGCGAGUAUCUGGCCAGUUGCUCGGAUGACGGCAAGGUCAUUGUCACGGCCCUCUUUUCGAAUGAGACGCACUCGUACUCCACCAAGCGCCCCGUCAAGGCGGUGGCCCUGGACCCGAACUAUUCGAAGCGCUCCUCGCGGCGUCUGGUCAGCGGCGGUCUGUCAGGUCAACUGACAAUGCAUGACCGUGGCUGGUUCUCCGGGCGCGAGACCCCGCUCCACGCCGGCGAAGGGACCAUCCAUGCGAUUCGCUGGCGCGGGGACCUGAUCGCCUGGGCCAAUGACAAGGGCGUCAACAUCUACGACACCUCGACUCAGCAACGCAUCAGCUUCAUCGAUCGGCCGAAGGGCUCUCCCCGCGCGGACCUCUACCGGUGCUGUUUGCACUGGAAAAAUGACAACGUCCUGCUGAUCGGCUGGGCCGACACCGUGAAGAUCGGCUUCGUCAAGCCGCAAAUGGUCAAUGGCCUGCCGAAUAAGUGUGUGGAAACCGUGGUCUUCCAGCUUUCGGACCAGUUCAUCAGCGGGCUGUGUCCCUUCGGCAACAUCCUGGCCGUGCUGUCGUAUCGGGAGCCGCAGCUGGUGAAUGCGGCGGGACGGGUGAUUUCGUCCGGGCCUGGUGGCGGCCCGGCGGCGGUCGCUGCCGCUGCCCGUGCCGGCGCCCAGCCGGUUGCCCAUCGGCCGGAAAUGCGCCUGGUCACAUACCGGAAUGAGGAGAUUUCCGCCAACAUCCUGUCGCUCUCCAACUACGAGGAGUACACGGCCAAGUCCUACCACCUGCUGUGCUCCCCGAGUGAGGAUGCCUUCUACAUCAUGUCCCAACGGGAGAUCAUCGUGGCGACCCCGUGCGACUUGGAUGAUCGGGUCCUUUGGCUGGUGGACCGGUGUCGCUUUGAGGAUGCCCUGCGCAUUGCCGAGGCGCCGGGGACCCUGCUCUACCGGACCACCGCCCUGGACAUCGGCACCAAGUACAUCAUUUACCUGCUGGAGAAUGGCCGCUUCAAGGAAGCCGCGGCCGCCUGUCCGCGUGUACUCAAGACCAAUGUCGACCUUUGGGCCACGUUCAUCACAACCUUCGACCGGAACAAGCAGCUAGAUGCCAUCUGCCCGUACAUCCCCACCUCCAACCCUACCCUCUCGCCGAUGAUCUACGAGGUGGUCCUCCUCCACUUCAUCCAUUCCAAUCCCCUGCGUCUGCUCGAGACCAUCCGGUCUUGGCCUUCGACGCUGUAUAGCAUCGCAGCUGUCACUUCGGCCAUCGAGAAGGUUCUGCUUCCCAACCGGCCGCCCGGGGCUGGGCCCAGUGCCCCGACUCUGCUCCUGGCCAACCCCCCGCAGACUGCCAGUCAUCUCAAUCUUACGAAGGCGCUGGCCGAGCUCUAUUCGCUCGAUAACCGGCUGGAGGAUUCGCUUGACAUCCUGAUCCUCCUGCAGAACAGCUUGGCUCUGGAUCUCAUUCGGAAGCACGACCUCUACACCUCCAUCCAGGGGAAGAUCCUGCCCCUGCUGCAAUUGGAUACCACCCCCCAGGCCAUGGGCCUCCCGGCGGACUUCGUGCGCAAGCCCGAUGUCGAUGUCGCCUCCCUGCCGGGGUACAUUCAGCCGCAUGCCCGGCCGGCCAUGCAACUCCUCAUUCGCAACACCUCCAAGAUCCCCAUCGCCCUGAUGGUGUCCCAGCUCCGGGCUCAUCCGCAAUUGUGCCACGCCUAUCUUCAUGGGCUCUUCCUGAUCGAUGUGCACAUUGCUUCGGAAUUCCACCCGCUGCAGGUUGAUUACUACUCCUCCUUCGAUCCGCCCCGGCUCUUGCCCUUCCUCCGCCAGAGCACCUACUACUCGCUGGAGGACUCGCUUCGCCUGUGCCAGGAGCGUGGCCUCGUGCCGGAGACGGUCUUCCUGCUCAGUCGCAUGGGCAACUUGAAGGGCGCGCUGCAGCUGAUCCUGGAGCGCAUCCGGGAUGUCCGCCAGGCCAUCGACUUCGCCAAGGAGCAGAAGGACGACGACCUGUGGGACUACCUGAUUUCGCACUCGCUCGACAAGCCCAGCUACAUCGUGGGGCUUUUGCAGAAUGCCGGCACUCACAUCGACCCGAUCAAGCUGAUCGAGCGCAUCCCCAAGGGCACGCACAUUCCCAACCUCAAAGCCUCGCUCAUCAAGACCCUGGAGGACUACCGCUUGCAAAUGUCCCUCACCGAGGGGUGUCUAGCCAUCCUGAUCUCCGACUGUGUCACGCUCCUGGAGCGCAUGGAGCGCGAGCAUCGCAAGGGCAUCCUCAUCUUCGACACCACCGAGGACGCGCUCACGAUGAAGCCCAUCUUCCGUGAGGUGGCCGCCUUCCUGAGCUCCGGAAGCUCCCUCUCGCAAGGCAGCCCCCCGCGACUGGUGGCCUUCUUCUGCGGCCACACCUUCCUUUCCACCAGCCUGGACGAGAAGGCGCAGGAUGCCUCCGGGAUGCCAGCCACACUGGCUGGGCCCGGUGGUGCUGGAGGGGGCCCGCGUCUUGGCGGCCCGCAGCCGGGUCUGGCCGCGCAGCAGGCCCAUGCCGCCGGUGGCCUUGCCAGUGCUGGCCGCGCCCCGGGCGGCGGGUACUUCUGCCCCAUCUGCCAGAACGCCAAGCAGCGCAACAAGCGCCCGCCAACCAUGCGCCUCGGCCACAUGGCUGGUCAGGCGGCCGCCGGCAACUUCGCCCGCGGCCCUGGGACCCCGACUGCCGGCCGUGGGCUGUUUGCUUGA